UGAUAUGUAAAGGCGUUCAUAGCUUCAUACCGCUGGAAGGGAGGCGAGGAGAUCGCAGACCUUCGCUCGGCUCAGUAGUGUUUGUACAGUAAUUUUUGAAACAUCUGACCACUAGAGGGCAGUGUUUGGAUAGUUUGCUGGACCCCGAGAAGGAUGGCAGAGGCUCACCAGGCUGUGGCGUUCCAGUUCACCAUCACGCCCGAGGGCAUCGACCUGCAGCUGUCUCACCAGGCGCUCAGACAGGUCUACCUGUCAGGAGUGCGCUCCUGGAAGAAAAGGCUCAGCCGUCUGAAGAAUAACUUUAUCACCGGGGUGUACCCUGCUAGCCCGUCUUCCUGGCUCUUUGUUGUAAUUGCUAUCCUCGCCACCAUGUACACACGCUCAGAUCCCUCCAUGGGCCUAAUUGCCAAAAUCCAGGAACACUUACCUGUCAGCCAGUCGCUGAGCCCCCAGUGCCAGACGGUGGUGUCAGCAGUGCUCUUCAGCACACUGCUCUGGCUCUCCCUUAUCUUCACCAUGCGCCUCUGCCUCAAGCAGCUGCUGUCUUAUCACCGCUGGAUGUUCGAGCAGCACGGGAAGCUGUCCAAUACCACGAAGAUCUGGGUGGCACUGGUGCGGAUCUUCUCAGGUAGGAAGCCGCUCCUCUACAGCUACCAGGGCUCUCUUCCGAACCUGCCUGUCCCGGCCAUCAAAGAUACAGUCAAGAGGUACCUUGAGUCUGUGCUGCCCCUCAUGAGUGCUUCUGAGUUUGAGCGCAUGAAAAGCUUGGCAAGAGAUUUUGAGAGCGGCCUGGGAAAUAGACUGCAGUGGUAUUUAAAGCUCAAAGCGCUCUGGGCUGCAAACUAUGUCAGUGACUGGUGGGAGGAAUACAUUUACCUCAGAAGCCGAGGCCCAAUUAUGGUCAACAGUAACUACUAUGGCAUGGACUUCCUGUAUGUUACACCAACACCCAUCCAGGCAGCUCGGGCUGGAAACACACUACAUGCCCUUCUGUUGUAUCGAAGGAAACUCAACAGGGAAGAGAUUAAGCCUAGUCGUGUCCCAGGCACAAUCAUUCCUCUGUGUGCUGCUCAGUGUGAGAGGAUUUUCAACACCACACGCAUUCCGGGAGAGGAAACUGAUACGGUGCAGCACUGGCAGAACAGCGACUACCUGGCCAUUUACCACCGGGGCCGCUACUUCCGCUUGUGGAUGUACAAUGCAGGCAGGCUGCUGUCCCCCAGAGAAAUUGAGUACCAGAUCCAGAGAAUCUUGGAUGACCCCUCACCCCCCUCAGCUGGAGAGGAAAAACUUGGGGCUCUCACUGCGGGAGACAGAGUGCCGUGGGCUCAGGCUCGGAAGCAGUUCUUUAACUCUGGGAUUAACAAACGAUCUCUGGAUUGCAUUGAGAAGGCUGCAUUCUUUGUCACCCUGGAUGAUGAUGAGCAAGGCAUGAUGGGAAAUGACCCAGAUGGUAGCUUGGACCGCUAUGCGAAGUCCCUGCUGCAUGGGAAGUGUUAUGACAGGUGGUUUGACAAGUCUUUUUCAGUGGUGAUUUACAAGAACGGGAAGACGGGCCUAAAUGCGGAGCACUCAUGGGCUGAUGCUCCUGUUGUAGCCCACUUGUGGGAGUAUGUUUUGGCUACAGACAGUUUCCAGCUGGGUUACAAUGAGGAGGGCCACUGUAAAGGUGACAUCAACCCUAACCUGCCAAAACCACAGAGACUCAGCUGGGACAUCCCACAAGAGUGCCAGGAGCAGAUCUCAGAGUCUCUGGAAGUGGCCAAGGCUCUUGCUGAUGAUGUGGACUUCCAUGUUUUUCCAUUCCGAGAUUUUGGAAAAUGGCAAAUCAAGAAAUUUCGACUUAGUCCAGAUGCUUUCAUUCAGAUGGCUUUACAGCUUGCAUAUUAUCGGGACAAGGGGAUGUUCUGCUUAACAUACGAGGCAUCUAUGACUCGGCUGUUCAGAGAGGGGCGGACAGAGACUGUCCGAUCCUGCACCAGUGAGAGCUGUGCCUUUGUGAAAGCGCUGGAGAGUGGAGAGGAUAGGGAUCAUUGUAGGAGGCUUUUCCGUCAAGCUUGCGACAAACACCAGCACCUUUACCGACUGGCUAUGACAGGAGCAGGCAUUGACAGACAUCUCUUCUGCCUAUAUGUGGUGUCCAAAUACCUUGGGGUGGAGUCACCAUUCCUUAAAGAGGUGCUGUCAGAGCCAUGGCGCCUUUCCACCAGUCAGACUCCGUUCCAGAAUGUUGAACUCUUUGACUUGGUCAACCAUCCUGAAUACAUCUCCUGUGGUGGAGGCUUCGGUCCGGUAGCAGAUGAUGGCUAUGGUGUGGCCUACAUCAUUUUGGGAGAGAACAUGAUCAAUUUCCAUGUCUCCUGCAAACACUCUUGUGCUCAGACUGACUCUCACAAAUUUGGGGCUCAGAUAAGACGAGCUCUUUUGGACCUCCUGGCACUGUUCUGUCCAGACCAAAAUGAACCCACCAUAGCAGGCAAUCCUCAAACAAAGAAGGACCUGUAGAUGACGGCAUAUGUAAAGGCAUAACUUCUUUGUGGGGCGGGGGAGAGAACUGUAGCACCUGCAGGACAGGGACAGUAGUGGUGUAUGAUUUGAGCCAAACCACAAUGCAAGCGGAACCAUGUUUCUGAUGUUUGGCUGUUUAAUGAUUGAAACUGACUUUUCUUUUAUUAAUAAAUCCAGUGUAUCUGUGCUUGCAGUUACAUGUCCUGAGUAUAAGCCAUUUAUUUAACUUUCACAUUUCUGCAAGCUGCCAGAUCCCUCCUAGCAGGACUGGCUAUUUUGAACACUGAAAUAUCACCAUUUGCUAUGAUUAAACAACUUGUUUUCCAUUGAGUUGCUCACCUGCUAUUACAUGUAACUGUCCAAACAGGUCCUGUGGGAUGGGGUGGGGGCCAGAUGGCAAACUCUCUUAACAAAUUGAAAGCAGUUUUUGGAAAAAGCGAGGCUGUAAAACACUGAAGACUUCAGUUCAAUUUGUUUUCCUGACACGCACUCGAAGAAGAGUGCAGUGCAACACAUGUACACCAGACUUGCUCUAAAUCACCAGUGUGCUCUGCAUUUAGGGGAAUGGCAGCUCUUGGAAUAUAAUGUACAGAAGUGUUUUCACAAUUUAGUCUGGAUUCUGGAUAAUUUGAUGUACUUUUAUUAGUUGAAAUAUGUAUGACUUGUGUGGUGCAGCACUGCCAAAUGAUUGUUAGAAAGCUUAAGGAUCUCCCCCCCCCCCCCCCGUGCAUCAGCAUACAUCUAUGAUUGUACAGUGCAGUGAAUUGCAGUUAGAUGUCAAAUCACUGUAUUGAUGCAGGAAGCUAGAGCAGUGAACAUGCCUGGUCUGCUCAGCCCUUGACUUACUCACCUCUCCAUUAAAAUGUAAGCUUGUGCAAUGUUUUCAGUUCAAAGAAUGGUUAAAUUUUCAAGAAUUACCAAUUGCUUGUCAGGAUCAAAUUAGUGUAUAUGCAUCAAUUUGUCCUGUGUAAAUAUUUUCAUUUUUACGACAAUGGUCUCCAGGGUAACUUGUCGCAGGUAAAUAAAAAUUUGUAGUAAACAAUUAUCCAGGGUGAGGAAUUUUUUUUUUUUUUUUUUUUUUUUGUAUUCUCAGAUGUAAGUUGCUCUGGAGAAGUGUCUGCUAAAGUCAGUGUUUUGUGAGAUGGCAUGUGAUGGUGUUGGCCACCUCAAUGGGUUAUACUUUUACUGUACAGCGUAUGGUAAAAGUUCCGUCCACAGGUGGAGAAAGUAUAACCUAUGGUGUUUCAGGAGGGUAUCGAGGGACUGUGUAUGAUCCUUGGGGUGCAUGCUUAAGAGCAAGUGUUAAUUCAAAGAACCCCAAACAAAUUUUAUCAGCUCAAGAUGAACCUCCUGUCUGCAUGUUGCAGAAACUUUAAUGUCUAAUUUUUCUUCCUCCCCAUUUCCUCCUGUUAUGCAGGGGAGGCUUUUUCAAAAUUUUCCACUGGCCCUGUGCGCCAUUUGUGUUUCUGCAGUAAUCAUUGACUAAACAUCUCAGAGACUGGGUGAGUUUCCUUUAGAUUGUCUCCGGUUCACGCCUGCAGUGCAAAUACCUGAAAAUCCCUAAUUAACGCCCCCACCCAUUUUUGAAAAUACUCAAAAAAUACAUUUUCAAAAAUAUUUAAUCUGAAAAGAAUGGAAAAAGG